AUGAGUGCCCAUCUCUCUCUUCGCCACCGCUCUUUCACUUACCUCAAUCGCCACCUCACAUCCUCACCCUUCUCCACCACCACCUCCAAACUCCCCACCCUUUACGAACCAGCUGCCGCCGCCACCCAAAACGACGACGUCCCCACCACAACCCUCCAACUCCUCUCAUGGGGCAGAGGCGCCUCGGGCCAACUCGGCGGAGGAAUCGAAGAACUUCGUCUCUACCCAACCCCUGUGGCCAACCUCGUCGUUCCCGCCUCAUCCUUCACCCUUUCACCAACCCAAGGCCGAAUUCAAAUACCCAAUUGCUCAGAAACAAAGAACAAUGCCCAUGGCAGUGUUGUAGAGGUGGGUAUUUCUUGUGGGCUUUUCCACUCGUCACUGUUGGUGGAUGAAAAGCUCUGGAUUUGGGGUAAAGGCGAUGGCGGUCGACUUGGGUUUGGACAUGAGAAUUCUCUGUUUCUGCCCACUUUGAACCCGCAUUUGGAUUCGGUUCGCUUCGUAGCGCUUGGCGGAUUGCAUUCUGUUGCGCUCACCUCCCUCGGCCAGGUCUAUACUUGGGGUUAUGGUGGUUUUGGUGCACUUGGACAUUCUGUUUAUACUAGAGAAUUGUUCCCUAGAUUGGUGGAAGGCUCAUGGAGUGGGAAAAUACAUCAUAUUUCAACUAGUGGGACACAUACUGCUGCGAUCACGGAAUCAGGAGAACUUUAUACUUGGGGUCGAGAUGAAGGGGAUGGUAGAUUGGGACUUGGUCCUAAUCGGGGCCCAAAUGAGGGUGGUGGACUAAGCAUACCCUCCAAAGUAAAAGCAUUACCUGUGCCUGCGGCUGCUGUUUCUUGUGGAGGGUUUUUCACAAUGGUACUGACAGAAGAGGGGGAACUUUGGAAUUGGGGAGCAAACUCUAACUAUGAGCUUGGAAGAGGCAAUAAGGUUGGUGGUUGGCAACCAAAACCACUUCCUAGUCUUGUAGGUGUCCGUAUCAUUCAGAUAGAAAGUGGUGGAUAUCAUUCUCUUGCAUUAACUGGUGAAGGUAAAGUGCUUUCCUGGGGACAUGGUGGGCAUGGUCAGUUGGGCAACUCUUCUAUCCAAAGUCAGAAAACACCUACAGUUGUUGAGGCUUUAACUGACGAGCGUGUCAUCUAUAUUGCUUGUGGAGGUUCAUCUUCAGCAGCUAUAACAGAUAAAGGAAAGUUGUAUAUGUGGGGAAACACCAAAGAUUCUCAAUUAGGAGUUCCUGGGCUUCCAGAGAUACAACCAUCCCCUGUUGAAGUCAAGUUCUUAAUGGAGGAUGAUGGAUUGGGACCCCACAAUGUGCUGUCUGUUGCAGUUGGUGCUUCUCAUGCCAUGUGCUUGGUUUCAAGGGAUGGAAUGUCCAACUGA